AUUAUUUUAAUUUUAUUUAUUUCUACUAUUAUUCUUAUUAUUUCAAAUAUUAUAAUAAUUAUUUCUAUUAUUUUAUCAAAAAAAACAUUUUCUGACCGAGAAAAAUCAUCACCUUUUGAAUGUGGAUUUGACCCCAAAUCUUCAGCUCGAAUGCCAUUUUCUCUUCAUUUUUAUCUCAUUACUGUUAUUUUUUUAAUUUUUGAUGUAGAAAUUGCCUUAAUUUUUCCUAUUAUUCCUUUAUUUAAUUUAGUUAAUUUUAUUAUUUGAUCAAAAAUUAGUUUCUUUUUUAUUAUUAUUCUUUUAAUUGGACUAUAUUAUGAAUGAAAUCAAAAUAUGUUAAAUUGAACAAAUUAA